AUGACUCUUAGAGAAGCACCAAUGGCCUCCAGCAUAGGCAUGGUGAUGAGUGCCUUUUUCUGGUCUGUGGCCAUUGUAUAUUUGACUCAUAUGGGGAGAGUCAAUGGAGACUGCUGGUUAAUUGAGGGUGAAAAGGGCUUUGUAUGGCUUGCGAUUUGUAGCCAAAAUCAACCACCUUAUGAGGCCAUCCCUCAGCACAUUAACAGCACCAUCGUAGACCUUCGUCUGAAUGAAAACAAAAUAAAAAGUAUCCAUUACUCUGCCCUUUGCCGCUUUGCCAACUUGACCUACCUGAACCUGACUAAGAAUGAGAUCUCCUACAUAGAGGAUGGGGCCUUCUCUGCCCAGUUCAAUUUACAAGUCCUUCAGUUGGGCUUCAACAAGCUGCGGAACUUGACGGAGGGGAUCCUCAGGGGUUUAGGCAAGCUGCAGUACCUCUACCUCCAGGCCAACUUGAUUGAGACUGUUACACACAAUGCCUUUUGGGAAUGCCCAAACAUUGAGAAUAUCGACCUCUCCAUGAACCGCAUCCAGCAGUUAGAUGGCACCACGUUUAACAAUUUGGCAAAACUCACUACCUGUGAGAUGUAUACCAACCCCUUUAACUGCUCCUGUGAAUUACUUGGUUUUGUCAAAUGGCUCUCAACUUUCCCCAACAGGACAAAUGAACGAAUGGUUUGUGACUCUCCACCUGGUGUCUCGGGUUACAGCCUGCUAAGCCAAAAUCCCAACAAUCCAACAUAUCGUAAUGCCCUUCACAUGCUCACCACUGUGUGUACAGACGACUAUGUGACCCCCAACAUUCCCAUGCCUCCUGAGACCACAACCCUUUCACCAGACUCCACUCCCUGUGGUCUGGAGGAUUGUUCUUCAGGGACAGAGCCAGAUGAUAUCACCAUUAGUACCACAUUCUACGAUGUGGAUGUGAAACCCCUGAUGAAACUGAAACAUGUAUCAAACACAGGUGCCACCAUCACUGUUCAGAUUCCUCAUCCCUACAAGAAGAUGUACAUCCUGGUACAGUACAAUAACAGCUUCUUCACAGACAUUCAAAACUUGAAAGGUAUGAAGGAGGAUAUUGAACUGAAAAACCUUAAACCGCAUACUGACUACACAUACUGUGUUGCUUCUAUAAGGAAUUCCCUGAGGUUCAACCAUACUUGUUUGACAAUCACUACAGGCCCUAAGAAUGGAAAGGACAGAGUGGUAAGCAGUGCCACUGCUACUCACUAUAUCAUGACAAUUUUAGGCUGUCUUUUUAGCAUGGUAAUUUUCUUAGGGGUGGUCUACUAUUGUUUGCGUAAAAAGCGGCAACAGGAUGACAAGCACAAAAAAUCAGGUAGCCUGAAGAAAAACAUAAUGGAGCUUAAGUAUGGACAAGAACUGGAAGGGGGGACCAUCUCUCGAAUGUCACAGAAGCAAAUGAUGGCUGGAGAGAGUGCAGCCCGCAUGCCGUACCUACCAUCCGCAAGUGACAUGGAGCAGUAUAAAUUUCAAGAGAUAAGUGACACUCCUAAAAUGGCCAAAGGAAAUUACAUGGAGGUACGAAGUGGGGAUCACCAUGAACGCAGAGAAUGUGAGAUGCCCAUCCCUGGGAAUAGCCAAGGGUCGGUGGCAGAGAUUUCUACCAUAGCAAAGGAGGUGGACAAAGUGAAUCAAAUAAUUAACAAUUGCAUAGAUGCUCUGAAAACAGAAUCCACCUCUUUCCAAGGGGUGAAAUCUGGAGCUGUGUCCACUGCAGAGCCCCAGCUGGUACUAUUAUCAGAGCAUCCACAGAGUAAAUCUGGCCUCCUAUCCCCAGUGUAUAAGGACAGCUACCACCAUUCUCUGCAGAGGCAUCGCACUGCAGACGUCUCACCUAAGAGGCCCAGCACUGCCACAGGAGGGCCCAUGCGAAGCCCCAGGCCUUAUCGUUCUGAAUCCAAGUACAUAGACAAAACCUCCCCUACGGGAGAGACCAUCCUCACUGUUACACCUGCAGCUGCCAUUCUGAGGGCUGAGGCAGAGAAGAUUCGUCAGUACAGUGACCACCGGCACUCAUACCCCGAAGCUCAGAUAGAGGAGGUGGAGGGACCUGAGAGUCACAGGUCCUCCAUGCUGGAGCCUCUCACUCACGCCCGCUCCAGAGACUUGGCUUACUCUCAGCUGUCAUCGCAGUAUCAUAAUCUGAGCUACUCCUCAAGUCCCGAAUACUACUGCAAACCCUCACAUAGCAUAUGGGAGCGAUUCAAACUCCACCGGAAACGGCACAAAGAUGAAGAGUACAUGGCUGCGGGUCAUGCACUGCGGAAGAAAGUGCAGUUUGCAAAGGAUGAGGACCUGCAUGAUAUUUUAGACUACUGGAAAGGUGUGUCAGCCCAGCAUAAAUCUUAA